AAGAGCAUACAAUCUUAGCCGCAAACAUUAUUAUAGUUUGUGUGUUAUCCACAUAGCUUCAUCAUCACUUUCUCUACUCUACUCUUAUCUUCCAAUGUCGUUCACCGUUGCCACCGUUAAUACCGGUGGUUCAGGAAUCCUCUACAACACCACAACAACAACCACACCCUACACCCUCCCAUCAUCAUGUUCAAGAAGAAGAACCCUUCACAUAGUUUCAGCUAAGAAAUUCUCUCCUCGUUCAAGAAAAAUCCUACCAACAACAACAACAACAACAAAUAGUGAUCUUGAAACACAACCAACGGCUGAGAUUGAUAUACCCUUUUACUCAGAUGAAGAUUGGCCGUUUCCUUGGAGACCUCCUGGUACCACAAAGGAACCCGAUUUCUUUGAAGGUCCUCAGUGGAAUACUCUUGGUUUCAUUGGAGAGUAUCUUUGGAUUCUUGGUGGUCUUUUUGCGACUGAGUUAUUGAGUUGAAGUUUACAAAGAGCUGGAAUUUCCAUAGCAAGUGUUAAUGGGGAAAGAGGUAAAAGAAGUAUCAUUGAGCAAGAGACAAAGACAAUGUGCCGUAGAAUUGCUCGAGGUUGCUACAACAUUGCGAUCCUAGAGUUGCGACCUUGGACGAAUGGCGUGCAAGGAAUGAGAGGAAGGAGGGUUGAUGUACAUGGAGCUAUGGUUGGACUUGAGGAGAGUUGAUGUACAAGAAUUGCAAUGUGUAAAAGAAACCAUUGUGUUGUUUGUUAAUGUGUGAAGAGAGGACUAUUAACUAAUGUUUCUACAUAACAAAAUAAGAACUAUUUUGUGUGAGUUUUUACAUUU